AUGGAAAAACCAGAGAAGACUGAAAUCCAAUAUGAAUACACCAAAAAAAGGAGAGAUUUCGGGAGACAAUGCCUAUUCGAAGACUACGGACCGCAAGUGCUCGUCAAUAUACCAAACAACCCGGCGCAUUACAAGAAUUACAUAUUGCGGAAUCCAGUGCAUGUGGCUAUACAAAAUACCAGUAGCAUGUCAGAGCAUUGGGUUAAUUCUGUAAGAGCCGAAUACACGAGUUCCGGCAUAAAUCACAUAGAAGGCGGUUGGCCAAAAGAUAUAAAUAUGAAUGAUCCCGAGGCAACGCAGCGGUACCGUCGCAAGAUCGAGAAAGACGAUGCGUACAUACACGCCGUUAUGCAUUUAGGUCAUAGUAUGGAACACAACAUCCUUCAGAACCACGCGAUCGACAUGUACCAGACAUAUUACUCCGAACUCCCCUCGAUUCCACCGGUCGAACGCAGCAGUUGCCAUACAGUGAACGUGUACAGAGAGCCAGGGACUAGACGGCCCGUGCGGUCUCUGUCGUGGCAGGCGGAUGGAGGCGCUCGACUGGCGACUGCGUAUGCCGAUGUAGACCUCAUGAGGAACAGUCGAGCUCCGCAGGUCUCUUAUAUUUGGGAUAUAGAGAAUGCCAAUGCGCCGGAGCUUACGAUAAAACCCACGCAGCCACUUCUUGAUUUGCAGUACAAUCCACGAGACCAGAAUAUACUCGUUGGAGGGAUGUUGAAUGGCCAGGUGGGUUGGUGGGAUAUGCGUAAAGGAGGCGAGGCAGUAGGCGUGUGUCCCCCUCACGUGGCCCACCGGGAUCUAGUCAGAAACGUUUUAUUUAUCAACUCGAAAACGGGCGCUGAAUUCUUCUCUUCCGGCCCUGAUGGCGUUGUUAAAUGGUGGGACACACGGAACAUGAGUGAACCAACGGAUUCAAUGAUUAUAGAUCUAGUCAAGCUUCCAACCGACACACAAAGCUUUGAAAAUUCUUUAGGAGUAUCCGCACUGGAAUACGAACCAACAAUACCUACCAGAUUCAUGGUUGGAACUGAAACUGGAGCAGUAAUAGGUGGAAAUCGUAAAGGCAAAAACCCUCUGGAGAAAUUGCCAACCAAAUAUGAAGCCCAUCUUGGUCCCGUUUACGCUUUGCAGCGAAACCCAACCUUUCUUAAAAACUUUCUGACGGUUGGCGACUGGACAGCUCGAGUAUGGAGCGAGGACUGUAGGGAGUCCUCUAUACUUUGGACAUAUUCGCAUCGUACGAAGCUCACGGAUGGUGCUUGGAACCCUAUUAGAUUUUCGCUUAUGCUAGUUACGCAAUGGGAUGGAUGCUUAUCGUGCUGGGACCUGUUGCGAAGAAGGAGCGCCCCUAUAGUCACAGCUCAGCUAUGUGAUGAACCUUUACUGAGGUUACGGCCGCAUGAAGCGGGUCUUCUUGUGGCGUGUGGAAGUAGCAAAGGAACAGUAUAUCUGGCAGAACUGUCGCAAAACCUGGGAACGGCUGACAAGAACGACAAACAGCUACUGACUUCUAUUUUGGAACGAGAAAACAAACGUGAGCGAAUACUGGAGGCACGAAUGAGGGAAUUGAGACUGCGGAUGCGUCAAGACCGCGACGGUGGACCGCAGGCCACGGAGGCCGACCACACCGCCAACGACAGGGACCUGGAGGAAGCUACGGCGGAGUAUAUGCAAACCGUCAGCGAAUUACAAGCCCAGCAACAAAAGACGCAAUGAAUAAUUAC